GUUUAUAUAUGGGGCGUGUACGCCCGCCACGAAGUUCCAGCGGUCUAGAUUACUGCGGCCGCCGCUUUGGCUGGGUACCCGCUCUCCCACCUCUGCUGGGAAAUUGACUAUUUCAGAUCUCAAGCAAUCAGCCCUUUCCUAUCCAGUCGUGGCUCAUCCAAAGCUUCCGAGGAAAGUGGGAUCUUUCGGUCCUUCCUGCAUUUCCGACCAUUACAGGAUCUAGAAAUGUCUACAACACUCUUAUCUGCCUUCUACGACAUAGACUUCUUCUGUAAGACGGAGAAAUCCCUGAGUAGUAUGCUGGACAAGAAGGCAGUGGGGAGCCCGGUGGGCACCUCUCCCAGCUCUAACUUUGCGCCGGGCUUUCUGCGGAGACACUCAACCAGCAACCUGCAGACUCUAGCGAACGGCAACGCCAAGUUCCCGAGUGGCUCUUCGCCCUCGCCCUCUUCUUUCGGCAACCUCAAGGAGCCUGGCACCGGAGGAGGAGGGAGCAGCAGCCCCACCACCGCCUUGUUGAACAAGGAGAACAAGUUCCGAGACCGCUCCUUCAGCGAGAAUGGCGAGCGAAGCCAACACCUCAUGCAGCAGCUCCAGCAGCAGCAAGUGGUGGUUGUGCCUUCGGCGGGGAAGGGCGGCGGCGGCGGCGGCGCGAACGGAGGCGGCGGCGGAGGGGCGCCCAUCAACUCGACGCGCUACAAGACGGAGCUGUGCCGGCCGUUCGAGGAGAGCGGCGCCUGCAAGUACGGCGAGAAGUGCCAGUUCGCCCACGGUUUCCACGAGCUGCGCAGCCUGACGCGCCACCCCAAGUACAAGACAGAGCUGUGCCGCACUUUCCACACCAUCGGUUUCUGCCCUUACGGGCCCCGCUGCCAUUUCAUCCACAACGCGGACGAGCGCCGCCCAGCGCCCUCCAACGGCAGCGCCAACCCCCCGCCGCCUCAGCCGCCGCCGCCGCACCAGCCCAACCCUCAGCCCCACAGCGGCGGCCACCACCACCACCCGCUGCACCCUCCUCACGCGGGCAGCACCGGGGACCUCCGCGCCUUCGCCCCCUCCGCCCGGGAGCACCCGCUGGGGGGCGGCGGCGGGGGCGGCUUUGGAGUCGCUCCCCCGCGAGCCGGAGGGGACAGGCCCAAGCUUCACCAUAGCCUGAGCUUUUCCGGCUUCUCCGCCCACCACCACCACCACCAUCACGGCGGGGCAGUAGCCGCUUCGGGCGGCCUGGAGGCGGCGGCCGCGGCGGCGGCGGCGGCCGCCCUGCUGCUGGAGAGCCCCGGCGGGUCGCGCACCCCUCCGCCGCAGCCCCCCGCCUCGGCGGGCUCGUACAGCGACGACCUGGUGGCCUCGCCGUCCUGCGCCAACAACGCCUUCGCUUUCUCGGCGGGCCAGGAGCUGGGCAGCCUCAUCGCGCCGCUCGCCAUUCACCCGCCGCCGCAGCAGGGCUGCUUCCCCAGCGCGGCCACCUUCUACCGCUGUCACCAGCAGCAAGGCGGCCCGGGAGGAGGGACCUGCUGCCCGCCGCCCGGCCCGCCCGCCUCGCCGCCUUUCAGCUUCCAGCCCCUGCGCCGCCUCUCCGAGUCGCCCGUCUUCGACGCGCCCCCGAGCCCUCCGGAUUCGCUCUCCGACCGGGAGAGUUACUUGAGCGGUUCCCUGAGCUCCGGCAGCCUCAGCGGAUCAGAGUCCCCCAGCCUGGAUUCCGGCCGGCGCCUGCCUAUUUUCAGCCGCCUCUCGAUCUCCGACGACUAGGAAGGCAGGAGGUGAAAGCCGCGGGGCGGGGCGGGGAGGAGCUGCCUUCCCCCAGCUGUCUUUGGGGACCCCGUUAUUUUGAGCGUCCCCGUUUCUUCCCUGAGCUUUCUUUCCCCACCUUAACCAGGAGCAGAGACUGUAGCCGCCUCCGAAAAACUAGCCAAGCUCGCACAUCACCCCCUCCCCUGCUUUUUGGCCUUUUUGCCUGCCCCGCCCUUCCCAUCUUUUUCAGUGUAUGCUUCUUUUGGAGAGUCGAGUCCUUUGAUUGCUGAGCAAAUGCAGAGGAGAGAGCAAAAAAACUUUUCUCUUUUAUCAAGGGAUGAACAAAAGAAAUCAGUUUGCAGAGGGGCAAAUGAUGGCGUCAACAGAACAAUCUUAUUUCCUUUCAUAUCUAAGAGACUUGCAACGAGAGGGUUUCCUCUUUUCCCCGUUUUUUCCUCCCCUCCCCUUGGUUUUGAGACUAGGUUAAACAAGCACCAGCAGCAGCCAUUCCAUCUUCAAGUGUGGGGAGGGGAGGAGACAGGGUAAAGCGAGCAUUAGCAAACAAAUCUACCCAAUCCUUCUCCCCCAGGAAUCAAGAAUCAAUCUGGAGGCCCAUGAACUCUGCAUUCCAGGCCCCUCCAGAGCUGUGUACAAGAAAAAUAAGGAGUGUGGGUUUUUGCCUUUCAAUCAAAUUUAAAGUAAAUAUACUAAAUGUAUAAGCUUUUAAAAGAAAAAUCCAACAUCCUGCCAAGAAUAUGCCUUGAUAACACUCUAGUUUUUUUUAUAUAUCUAUAUAUAUUAUAACAUGCUAAAACUUCCAUUCCAAAGUUUAAUAUUGGUUCCAUUGCCACCACUUAGUGGAUGUUUGGCUUAGAACAAUUUUUGUUGCUUUAUGUGGAAGCAUUCAACUGAGUUUAGUUCGUAAUUGUUGGCGAAUAACUGCUGAUUUUUUAAUUUUUUAGCUGAGUUGAUUGCGCAAGUCACUGCACAACUCAAUAUGAAACUAUUUAACUUAUUUAUUAUCUUGUGAAAAGUAUACAUUGGUAAUUUGUUCAUACUGUAUUUAUCGGGUAUGAUGAAAAGCAAUAGAUAUAUAUUCUUUUAUUAUGUUUAAAUUAUGAUUGCCAUUAUUAAUCGGCAAAAUGUGGAGUGUGUUCUUUUCACAGUAAUAUAUGCCUUUUUGUAACUUCACUUGGUUAUUUUAUUGUAAAUGAGUAAAAUUCUUAAUUUAAGAGAUUGUAUGUAAUAUUUAUUUCAUUAAUUUCUUUCCUUGUUUACGUAAAUUGAAAGAUUGCAUUGGCUUUUUUAUAGAAAUCUGACUCAAUGCUGUGGAAGUAGUUUGAGAAAUUUCAAUGGGUUUUUAGAAUGUACAAUGGUUGUAACCCGUCCAAGCUUAAACCUACUUUGCAAUCAGAAUUUAAAGUGGCAAACCUAAUUCAGACUUUUAAAAUUAACCAAAAAGUAUUCAUGUUGCCUAACUUCACCAAUCACACUGUGAUAGUUUCAAAGUAUGUAGCAAUAAUGAGGGUGGGGGGUGGGGUCCCAGUAUUAUGUCUCACAGUGCCUUCAUAAGGGUCCAUGCUUGCCUUAAAUCUUCCUCAACCAAAUAAGUAUUUUUCUUAAUGCUUGAGAAUUUGAAUGUAGGGCUGGGUUUUUAACUACAAGAAAUUGUACCACUCAUUUUUAUAAAGAGGCCCACUUUUGGAUCCGAAUCUUUUGCGAACAUGAGCAUAUCUUCUUUGGAAGUUCCAAAACAUGUAACUUCUUUUUCUUAUUUAGAAAGUCAGGAGUUAAUCCAAAACUUUCCUGGAGGGUGGAUGAAUGAGCAGUACCUUUUUAUGUACAUAGGUACAGGUUCAGCACUAUGUACUCUUUGGACUACUUUAACAGAAGUAUGUUUUGAAUGUAACUAGAAGAUAAGUCAACUUGAGUUGUAAUAUAUUUUGGAGAGUCAGUUCACUACAAAUUUGGAGUGUGAGACUGUAAACUUUGUACUGUAAAUGUUUUGUAGUUCUCCCAAUAAAACUUUUGAGGAAAAAAAUCCCAAACUAUUAAA